AUGAGUGCCAUCAUUUGGAAUGUGAGAGGUGUAGCUAGUGUAGCUACUCGUCGGCGCCUGAAGAAACUUAUACAGCUUCAUCAGGUUUAUCUGUUAGUUUUACUGGAGCCUUUUGUUCUUCAGCACAGCUUUGCAUAUAUUCGACAUUACCUGCGCUUCGAUACGGGAGCUCAGAAUGAAUCGAAUAAGAUUUGGUUUUUCUGGAACUCGGGGACUAAUGUUACUAUUAUUGUUGAUCAUCCCCAAUUUCUUCACGUUAAAGUUGAGGACCCCAGACUAGCUCUUCCCAUCUAUUUUACUCCAGUUUACGCUUCUUGUGAUGCUUCUGUCAGGAGGGAUUUGUGGGCGGGUCUUCACCACAUCUCCCUCGAUAUGGAGGACCCUUGGAUAGUUGGGGGAGACUUUAACGUUAUUACUCAUGAUGGAGAGCGCACGGGUCAUAAUACUCGUGAUCGAGGCACUACAGCUUUUUCUGAUAUGAUGUUGGAUAGUGGUCUAGAGGAUGCAGGUUUCCUUGGGAAUCGAUACACUUGGACCAAUGGGCGGGUCAGGAAGAGAUUGGAUAGAGUACUCAUUAAUUCUUCAGCUGCAGCAUUUUGUCGACAGCUUACAGUGAAGCACUUGAACAGGACUUCAUCUGAUCACUCACCUUUAUUACUUCAGUGGACUUCUGAUGAUGACUUGGGGCCUAGGCCUUUCAGAUUCCUCAACCGAGUGAGGGAUGCUGAGGACAGGGUUGAUGAGGCAGAAAUUGUAUUUGACAGUGACCCUAUACCGGAACAUCGUGACAUACUGCAUCAGGUUCAGGCAGCUUUGAACCAGACUUUAUCUAUUGAGGAGGGCUUCUGGAAGCAAAGGGCUGGCUCACGUUGGGUAUGUGAAGGAGAUCACAAUACUCGAUACUUCCAUGCGAUGGUUCAAGGACGCCGUAUCAGAUCGCGUAUUAGGUCCAUCAGGACACAGGCAGGGGAAGUCUUAGCUACUCCUGCUGAUAUUCAGACAUCGGUACGGGAGGCAGUUUUCAAUAUUGAUGCUGACAGUGUCGCUGGCCCGGAUGGCUUCUCAUCCCUAUUCUUCCAGCAUUGUUGGGAUAUUAUUCAGGAGGAUGUUUACAGCGCGGUAUUGGACUUCUUUGAUGGUGGUCAUCUUCCAAGGGGUUUUGCUGCUACUUCUAUUGUCUUGCUACCUAAGAAAGUUGGUGCUUGCAGAUGGACUGAAUUCAGACCAAUCAGCUUAUGCACAGUGUUCAGUAAGAUUAUUACUAAGCUUUUGAACACUCGGCUGAGUACACUGCUACCGCGCAUUAUUUCCCCCUCCACAGAGUGGUUUCAUCCCAGGCCGUUUGAUUGGAGAUAA